GACCGUUUCAGACACAUAUUCAUAUUCGCAUAACACACAACCAACCAAUAUUCAUGUGAAUUUCUUUGCCUUUUUUAAACAAACUAGUUUCAAAAGCAACUACUAUAUAUUUUCAAAUUGAAUAAAUACACUGAAAGCGACAACAAACAUGCAGCUACUAAAUAGGAAUGAGAAAAACAAAUGAAAAGAAAGAUAGAGAAGAGAAAAGAGAGAAAAAACGAUUGUCAUCGACGUUGAAAACAACAACAAGACGAGAGAGAGAGAAAAAAAUCGACAAAUUUAAAUCAAGUGCACAAAUUGAAAAUCAUCUGAUAAAUCGUAACAAAACGAGUUAAAAACAAAGUGUUGAUCAGAAGAGAAACGUUCCGUAAGAUUUGUCGAUUCAAAACAAGUGAAUCGAGCAAGACUCUUUGGCAAGCAAAAAGUGAAAGAAAACGAAAAGAAAUUUUUUUUAAGCUGAAGUUCAUGCAAACAAAACUAUAAGAAUUCAAUUCGUGGCGAAAAGAAACAGUAACAAAAAUAAAAGAAGUUGAACUGACGAAAUAAAAAAAAAACAUUACCUAGAAGCGGAACCGAGAAGAGAGACGAUAAGACGACAACAGCAACGGUGACGACGACGACGGCGAAAACGUCCAAAGACAGUAGUUUGCACAGAGAGAAAAAAGUGAAAAUGAGGCUGCCAUUCGGAAUAUAUUUCAUACUUGGAUUAAUACUAUGUAUUCAACCAGAGCAUCUAACAGCGUAUGCACAAUCGAGACGACCGUCGACAAUAGCACGAUCGUUGGGCGUUAAUCCAAAAGGGUCAGCAACGUCCGACGCAUUUGAGUGUCCCGAAGAGUUUGGUUAUUAUCCACAUCCGUCCGAUUGUUCACAAUAUUAUGUGUGCGUAUUUGGCGGUGCAUUAUUAGAGAGCUGUACGGGCGGAUUGAUGUAUAGUCAUGAAUUGCAAACGUGCGAUUGGCCAAGAAAUGUGGGAUGCGAACAACCAUCAUCCGAUGAAAAUGUGUCGCCAAAUGGUUCUGGCCGUGAUUUGAAUGGGCGACAACAACAACAUCAGCAACAGCAACAGCAUGACGCUUAUCAAGUAGUGCCAAAUAAAUUCCGAUUUUCAUCGGUAUCAUCAACACCGCAAACCGAACGGUUUCCGGAUUCAAUACCAGUGCGACAAUCAUCGGUGGCCCCAGUUACACCGCAAACAUAUUCACCAAUUUCAAAUACAUUACCACCACCGCCCGAAUUGCGUGUCGUUCAACCAAAUCCAGUCAUCACAUCACGAGGACAACCAAAACCAUUGGACAACAUUGAUAUCGCCAAGUUGUACGAAGCUCACGACACAUUACCACCGAUCGAGGAAGAAGAAUCUGAUCGCCAACAGAGAGUGUAUCGUGGACAGCCGAACACCGUUGGCCAGGUUCAACGCGAUCGAGACGGUUUAAUCACGCAACAUGUUAAUGCAUUGCCCAGCCACGGUAAAGUCGGAUCAUUUUCAUUCGGGUCGCAAAUCAAUCAACACAGUGACAUACCGGACGUUGUUUCUAUUGACAUAACUGACAAUAAAAUUGAAACACACACGCCAAAUCAUUCAGACCGCAAAAAACGUGACGUUAGCGCUGACACAGCUUCGACAACAACGACAACGACACCACAAAAUCGACGACACGAUGACGAUCAGGCAACGUCAAAUGAUGGUAAUGAAUCAAGUGACAACAAAAAAUAUGAUGAAAACGGCAAUGACGACAGUGAAAUUGUGGAGUUUGGCAAAAGAACGGUACGACAAUUACGACCGCCGCCACCACCAUUGGCACCAUGGCAAUUUGCGGACACUUUUAAUAUACAAAAUGAUCCGCGAUUGCAUUCUACCUCACGCGCUCAACAACAUGCCGGCCAUUUCCAAAGAGAUACAGAACUAAGCAGUGUUAACUAUAAUUCAUUUCUAACGCCACCGGGUAGCGCAUCACGGGCUAAUGACUUUUACAAAAAUGAAAAUACAUUUUAUCAAUUGCCAUCGUUCAAACAAACUGAGUACAAUCCGUACGGUAAUCCGUAUGGAAAUUUUAAAACUUCCGCACCAAAUGCCGUCACUACCGAAUUCAAUUCACCAAAACCGUAUACACUUCAUACGACAUUCAAUGUUGGCGAUGCUCAAACGCAUUUUAAACCAUCAAAACUUGUGUCGCAAGCACCAUUUUAUCCAGUUGUAUCGAAUAAUGGUGAACCAAAACCGGUGAUACCAAAACUACAAAAUUCGGGCGCAAUUUCAAGUUCAUCGUCGAUUGCCGGCGAUGUGGACAGUUUACCGGAGAACUUUUCCUAUUAUCACAUGGGAAAUGGUGUUCAAGUUAAACAAGAAUUUAAUCGUCAUCAAUCACAACAGCAAUCGAUUCAACAAGUUCCGAAAUCGGUUCCACAACAACCGAAACCGCCAAUUUACUAUUUAGACAAACCGACAAAAAUCUUAAGUGCUUCAACACCAAAAACUCAUUAUGUGCAUAUUAGCACCGUUGGAGGGUUUCUCAAUAAUAAUCCCACUGCAUACACAGCCAUCAAUCACAAUAAUAACAACAAUAAUAAUAAUAACAAUAAAAAAUCAAAAAUACGGCCACCAAACACCGAGAAAUACAAUGAUUACACACAUCGACCCGUCUACCGUGAACAGGCCGCUGUGCAUGAGAACAAUCAAAACAAUAAUAACAUUUACAAUAGCGGUAAUCUUUACAAUGUACAGGAAAAUACGGACAUUUCACCAUAUUACAAUCCAUUGAUUUCACAAAGACCAACGAUCGCAACAUCAAUUGUUACAACGCAAAAACCAUUGUUCAACAAUGAAUUGGCAUUUUCAAAUUUUCAACAAAAAUCACCGAAACCACUCUAUACGUAUGAAGUGACCACCGAUGAUAAUCGAUCAGCCGAAAAGUCCAAAGGAUUUUAUAUUACGCAAACGGUUAAGGAUCCAAAUGUUGAGAAAUUUCCGCGGCCAGCAAUUAAACUACAGCAAGCACAAGAUCCCACCAAAAACUAUGAAUCAUCAAAUAAAAAUUACAAUCUACAACCGCAAAAGAAUUACGAAACGGCUGUUUUGAUUGGGGCCAAAAAGCGACCACCAAUAAUUGGACCACAAGUUGGUGUUAAUUUUGAUUUCAAUAAAUUUGUAUACGAUAUCCGUGAAUCGCAACAUAAACCAAAACCGACACCAAAAUACAAUGCAAUCGCUCGGCCAGUUCAAUCAUCGGAUACCGUUUUAAUUCGACCGCAAAAUAAACCAUUAUCAAAGAAAAUUCAAACGACCACACCAAGCCCAGACGAUUAUUAUUACGAUGUUGAUGACGAUGAACCGACAACCGUACAUAAACAAAAAGAAUCCUUUGCAACAACCACAACGGUAAAGCAUUCAACACCGUUGGCCGUUGAAUACACAACGAAACCAGUGAAAACGAAUUAUAUUAAUAGUUUUUCAGUGCCACACAUUAUAAGCACACCACAAUACGAAACAACGUAUAAAUCAAAAGAUCCAAAACUCGAAGAAGAGUAUUAUGAAUACGAAGAAGAUGAUGAUACGAGUGACAUAAAAAUGCCACCACAAAAUGUGUCAAAGUUCAUGCCGAUGUCAGAAACAGCAGCACCUCGUCCAUAUUUAACCACCGCCAAAGCACUUACGAUUGUAACACAAAAACCACUAACAACAUUGGCAUCGACAACGGCGAAAAAGCACAGCACAACAACCUUCGAUCGAUUGCAUUAUCCAAAGAACGACGCCGAAACAACAUCACCGAUACCGGCAAUCAUCAAAUUGCCCGCAGACAAUUUCCAAGGUGCACGACAACACGAUCAGCAUCAUCAUCAUCAUCAAACGGAUAUUCCACGUUAUUUAAAUCAAUCAACAUUACGACCGUAUACAUCGCGUACGCGAAGUAAAACGACCAAUUUAUCAGUGAAACCAUCAAAAGCGCCAAAAAUGCACAUUAAAACCACAUCGAAAACAUCGAGCACAUCGUCAAAACAUACGACACAAUAUACAAGUGAAACAUCACCGUCGACAACAACAACGACGUUGACUACAACAAGCACACCCAAGACAAAGACAUUCACGAUCCGUGCCAAACAUAACAAUUUCAAUACGGCCAAAGGACAACAACAACCACAUUCGCAAUCACAAUCACAAUCGCAAUCGACUAAUACAAAUUCAAAUCGCUGGAAACAAGCAAACAAAGCGCAAAAAGCACAACGCACAAAUGCACUGAAAAAGAACUUAUGGGAACUUGACGAACGCCUACCAAACAGAGUUGAAUCAUCUUCACAAUUACCACCGGCUCCAGAAAGCAAUCGAAACUAUUACAAUGCAACAAGCAAUCAAGAGUACAAUAACCCAACGCAAUAUAAUUCGUAUUUCUCCGUGUAUGAUGAUGAAGCCGAAGACACCGGCGAUCUCUACAGAGAUGAUUACCCAUCACAAUACAAUAAUAACCGGAAUCCAUCGCAACCGAAAUACGUGCAAACCACAUAUCGACCAAGCACAACGUUAACCACUCAAACACAACCAACAUCGACGAAAAUUAUUGCACCGCAACAAACGUACAUCGGACAAUCGAAACCAAAUUAUGAGCAAGCACCAACACACGAAGCAUACAAUCCCGAAUAUGAUGAGGCUCUUGUAGCACAGCUUGAAGCCGAUAAUGAAUACGAUCAACCGACAAAGACGCAAAUUCGGGAUGAACAAAUCGAUCAAAAUGAAUUUGAUUUAGACUUUGUAACCGAUCGGUUUAUAUUGUCGUCGACAAUACGCGCACCAAUUCGGCCGGAAUUAUUCACACUCCCCGAAGCGUUUACAUCGAAGCCAAGUCAAUUCACUGAGCCAAAAACAACAACAACAACUACAACACAACCAACUGCCACCCUAACGCCAACCACAACCAUCGAAUCGAUAACCACACAGUAUGACAUGGAAUUCGAUACAACAACAGUGGCCCCACAAACACAACCACCAACUAGUUCUGAAGCGGAAAGAUCAAGAUUACCGGAAGGUGAUGUCACCAAAAAUCGGACGUCGUCAUCCGAAACAAUAAAAUUUACAUUAGGAACACGCGCGGGUUAUCCCUUCUCAAAUACUCAAUCACAAAACCACCACCACCACCACCACCAACAAAAACAACAACAAUACAACCAUCAAAAACCUCGUUAUCCCGAUUCUAGUCCAAAUCCAAUCAUUCAUUCCCAAAACUCCCAAAGUAAAUCAAGAAAUAACAACUAUUACAAUCGUGACGCAAACAAAAACACUGACACAGACCAUUCACAAACGUUUACACUAACGACCGGUUUUCGGUACAACCAAAACAAUCAUAACAAUAACAAUAACUUUGACAAAAUUUUAAAUAAUAAUAAUCAUGCAAAUCGAACGCAUAAAACGUACUUAAAUUAUGGCGAACAAGAACCAAUAUCGACCAAAACCUAUCGACAACAAUCGAACGUUGCAAUUAAAAAUUCAAAACCAUCCACAACAUCGACGAUCAAUAAUAAUGAAGAAGUUAACGAUGAACAAGAUCAACGUAAAAAAUAUUUAGAUUUUAUUGUGUCCGACAUACAGCCGCAAAGUUUUCAAGCACCAAGUAAAACGUCGGCGACAACACAUAUCGUCAGCACAAAACCAUUAUCAUCAUCUGAAAAAGAUUUAGUAAAUGCUUUUGUAAAUAGCCAAUCGUCACUAUUCAUUCAAUCCACACCAAAAUCCCAUGUUAUUACCACAUUACCAAAUAAGCAAACCGAAUUAUCUCAGCCAAUAGCGGCCAUUCAUAUACCGGGCGCACGUUUGCCAUCACCAAAUGAUACAUAUCGUUUUGUUCUGACAACCGGUGUUGCCGGUGGAAAACGUGCACAUAAAAAUCGCACCACCACCAUCGAUUCAGACUAUGAUCAUGAACAAUCAACCGAUAAUUAUCAGCAUGCAAGUCAUGCAGAAUCGGAAAAUAUUCCUUUAUAUGUGAGAAAACCACAAUCGACUAAUUCCAUUAAUUCGACACCAAAUUCAAUUCAUCAAAAUUCAAUUACACCAUUGAAACAUGAAAUUAUCGUACCGACCACAUAUUCACCGUUGCGCAAUUGGAAAAUUCAAUAUUUGAAGAAACCAACGUUACCCGGAUCAGAGGUAUUCAAUACGGUGGUCAAUGCCGUUGCACCGGAAGAUAUGAAGAAAGUCAUCUUUGGACAGCCCAUUAAUCGGACAAGAGAUUUGGAAUCGAAUUCACACCAUGACGCGGUGACGCCAACUUCAAAAACCGUUUCGAAGUUUUCAUUCACAUUUGAUGGAGACAAGGAUUAUGAACGACCGUCGAAGCAUUCAAAUCGAAAACCCACGAAAUUUCCAUCGCUUAAAUUCCGUGAACGAUUGAAUCGAACAUUCGAUACCACAACUCCAAAACCACCGGUGUCACCGUAUGCAAGUUUACAAACCAUUUUGGAAGACAUCAAACCAACACAGUAUCGACCAUCGCUUGGAUCGUACAGUAUUACCAUUGGAAAGAAUAAUAUUCAAUCGAGUUUUAAUAGUCAAUCGAAUCCAAUUUCGAGUAGUACAUCCACUACCACAACAACAACAACGACGACCACAACAAAAGCACCUCCACCAUCUUCGACCAGCUUCUUCCGAAGUUACUACAUUAUUACAGCGCCGCCAAAAAAUAAUACUCAAAACAAUUAUGUAUCAUCAACACAAAAGCCAUCCGUUUCCUAUACACCAUUCUCGUCAUCGUCAAGCACGACGCCAAUUUCAAUAACAACCAAUUUUCCAACGGUUUCAUCAACUCAGCAGCCAUUCGAUUGGACGCCGAUUUCAUCAUCGAAUUAUCCACCGGUUGGCAUAAAAAUUUUGCCAAACGAUGAACGAUUUAGGCCGAUGAAACCAACCAGCAGACCAAUUGAUAUUACCACCGAAAAACCGAUCAUUUCCAUUACAACAUCUUUCCCACAGAAAUCAAAUUAUGAAAAUUACAUUCAACAGUCGAGCAUAUCGAAUUCGUUGCCAAAUGAAAAUUUUCCACCCUAUCAAACGACGACUCCAAUUUCGAUAACAACAUCAACUCCACAAUUUUCUCUAUAUCCAAAUCAAGGGCCGCGCGGUGCUUCGACACCAUCUGGGUUUUCACAAUUUCCACCAUUGUUCCAAGACGGACGACCACCAUCGUUUCCAUCGCAAGGCGGAAGAGAGCACUACCGAAAGGUAGUACGGAUGCGAUCGAAAAAGAAACUUAAUAAUUCAGCCGGCGGACUGACACCGGUCAUCUUAAAUCCCAGUGUGCAAGAGCUAAACGAAGACGAUCCAGAAUUGGACACAAUGAAAAAUAGUAAUUUUAUGAAAACAUUAGAAAAUGUUCUAUCGAACGAACAAAAAGUGGAACAAUCGAUCAAAAAUCAUCGAGGAAAAACACAGAAAGGAUCACGGCCAACCACAAAACUACCCAAUUUACACUUUUCGGCAAAUGAAGAAGAAACCUUGAUUCGACCGUCAAAAGGAAAGAACAUUGAAUUUAUGGUCGAUGAUGAUGGUGCGACCGUGAAAUACACCGUUUUAUCGAAUGGUGUUGCACCGACACGUUAUUAUUCAAAUUAUCGUCAUGUCAAAGACGAAGAGGAACAGGAAAGUGUGGUUGAACACAAUUUAGGUGAUUAUAUAAGAGAUAGCACAAAAUAUGCAAUUGUUAAGGAUGGCGAAGAACAGGAGUCAAAGCAACAACAUACAACACUCGAAGAUUAUAUAAAAGAUGGUGCAAAACAUGGUACCGAAAUUCCCGAAGAAACCGAUGACAUUUUAACAUUGAUGUCCGAUACAGAUGAGCCAAUAUCAUCGUCAACCGAAUUGCAACCGGAACAACGUGAAAAAUUCCGUGCAACCGUUGAAAUGCCAGAGUUCAAUGUACCAACCGAAUCGGAGAUAAAAGCACGGCUCAAACAGCUCGAAAGUGAAGCUGAAAAAGAUGUCGAAUCCGAAUAUCAAUUUGAAACAACGACCAAAAAUAGUGUUGCAACGCGUAAAUUUGCCACCGAUAUCGAUUUAACAAGUGAGACACAAGAACGUAAUCAAAUUGACUAUGAAACGCCAUCAACGACAACACAACAUUUUCUACGUAAUUUGACUUUUGUACCGUUGACUGUAUUUGACCCAAUGACAAGCACAACCAUUCGAACAAAUGAUAAUGGUCACAUGACCUCGACACAAACGCGUUUGACAAGUAGUAGUAGCACAACGACAACACAAAAAUCCCAGAGUACAACAAAUUCCGUAAAUACGCUCCCGCCGCGCGCAUCACGUGUCAAUCCAGCGAUCAAAACAACGAUUGCCGGUGGCGGCGGCAGUGGAGGCACCACAACAACAACACGUCGCAUGAAUGCGCAUACAACACCAGCUCUACGUUUCCAUCAUCAUUCCACGACUCCAAUUGUCAAAUGUAUCGAUGCCAAGUGCAACGAAAUACCGUCGAGAACAAAUAAUAGGAAUCGCGGAAGCUCACAUUAUACAGCUGGCGGAUAUGAUGAUCGCACAUCAUCCGGACCAACUGCAAAUCGAGGCACUCAUCCACCACGUCAACGGCCAACGUUGAAACCAUCUGGAGCAAUUGUAUCCAAAGCAACCGAAUUUGUUGAUAUCUAUCGAAAUCCACCAACACGUCCCGAACCAUUGUAUCCGCAACCAAUUCCCGACAAAACAGCUGCCAAAUGUCGCAAAGAUGUUUGUUUGCUGCCCGAUUGCUACUGUGGUGGUAGAGAUAUUCCGGGUGAUUUGCCUGUUGAAGAUGUUCCACAAAUCAUUUUAUUGACAUUCGACGAUUCGGUGAAUGAUUUGAAUAAGCAACUGUAUUCGGAUUUAUUUGGUAAGGGACGCGUCAAUCCAAAUGGAUGCCCAAUUUCAGCCACAUUCUAUGUUUCACACGAAUGGACCGAUUACUCACAAGUACAAAAUUUGUACUCUGACGGCCACGAAAUGGCAUCACACACUGUAUCACAUAGUUUUGGAGAACAAUUCUCCCAGAAGAAAUGGACCAGAGAAGUUGCCGGCCAACGUGAAAUUCUCGCCGCUUACGGUGGCGUUAAAUUGAACGAUGUACGAGGAAUGCGAGCACCGUUCUUAUCGAUCGGCGGAAAUAAAAUGUUUAAAAUGUUGUACGACUCAAACUUUACCUAUGACUCAUCGAUGCCAGUGUAUGAGAAUCGACCACCAAGCUGGCCAUAUACAUUGGACUACAAAAUAUUCCACGAUUGCAUGAUUCCACCAUGUCCAACGAAGAGCUAUCCAGGUGUAUGGCAAGUGCCAAUGGUGAUGUGGCAAGAUUUGAAUGGCGGUCGUUGUUCAAUGGGUGAUGCAUGCUCGAAUCCACCCGAUGCUGAUGGUGUGGUUAAAAUGAUUAUGAAAAACUUUGAGCGACAUUACACCACCAACAGAGCUCCAUUCGGUCUAUUCUACCAUGCUGCCUGGUUCACUCAGCCCCAUCACAAAGAAGGUUUUAUCAAAUUCUUAGACACAAUCAAUGCAAUGAACGAUGUAUGGAUUGUGACCAAUUGGCAGGGAUUGCAAUGGGUGCGCGAUCCGACGCCGUUAUCGCGCAUGAAUUCUUUCCAACCGUUCCAAUGUAAUUACCAAGAUCGGCCAAAACGUUGUAACAAUCCAAAAGUGUGUAAUUUAUGGCAUAAGUCUGGUGUACGAUAUAUGCGAACGUGUCAACCAUGCCCAGAGAUCUAUCCAUGGACCGGUAAAAGUGGCAUUCGAUCAUCACGCGUCGAUAAUGAUAUCGAUGAAUAGACACUGUCACACGAAUUGUUUUUUUCAUUUAGACUGCGUACCCAUUAAUUUAAAUUAUUUUUUUUUUGUUUUUAAAAAUCGAAUUCAAAGUCUGAAUUUGAAAAGCCACAACAACAACAAAAAAAUAAACAAAAUACAGAAGAAACAGAGAGUAAACAGUCCCAGAUCAUUGUCAUUAUUUUGCAUUAGAAUUUAACGAGGCCGCAAUGAAAUUCGAUGAGAAAAAAAAAUAAUAAUAAUUUUGUUUGAAACACAAUCGAAUACUCAGAUAUUUUAGCGCACAAAAUUUGUAUUUUUAAUUUAUUUUUCGUCGAAAUCAAUUACAAGAGUCGAAUAAAUGAGAGUUGUAUUUUUUUGUUGAAGGAGAUUAGAAAAGAAACGAAAAAUCGAGAAAAAAAUAUGAAUGAAAAUAUAAAGCAUAAGAAAAUAAGUUGAGUAAUUAAUUUAUUUUAUAGAUAUGUGAUAUUAUGUACUUCUUCAAAACUACCAGCCUUUCUCACGAUUAGGAAGCACAUUCAAAACCCAAUUUUUUUUUCUUCCAAAAUCCAACGUUAUUUUUCAAAAUCCAUUUUCUGUAUGAUUUUAUUCCUGCUCAGUAGCACAUACUGCCUAACCGAGUUUCGAUUUUUAUAAUUUUUCCUUACGAUUUCUUCGUUUUUUUUUUUAUUAAAAAAAAUUAAGUUUUCCACCUUCCGAAACAAUUUCUAUUUUAAGUUUUUUUUCGCCCUUUUUGCGUGUUCUAUUUUGACUUUUUUUUGAAUUUGAAUUAUUGUGACAUAUAAAUAGCAUAGAGAACAAAAUACACUUUCAUCAUACAGCGUGUAAAGCUACAAUCAAGUGAAACAAGAAUGUUUAACGUCAAUUACCCGAUUAACACAUAAAGCUUUCAAAGCCACAUGCAUUCGAAGUGUGUGUGCGUGCAAGCGAGUGUUGAAUCGUGGUAAGCAUAUUUUGUUUUACUGCAACAAAAAACCACUCAAAUGAAUAAACCAAUCAAUCCACAAUGCAGUGCAAUAAAAUUCGUCGAUAUUUUCUUUUGUUGUUGCUGCUGCAUGCACUCGCAUGCAUAUCAAGCGGCAACAAUUUAUUACCAAUAGAAAACUAAACAAGUUAGCAAAUAGAAUGACAAAAUCAAUAUAGAGAAUGAGCAAACAAGACAAAAUAGAAAAAUAAAACGAUGGGUGAGAGUGCAUAACGCAAAUGCCAAGAGAAGUUUAUAUGAAUGAUAAAAAGUAUGUUGGAAAGCAAGAAAAAAACAAAUUUCUUCUAGUUAUUAGCGAUGUCAGGAACAUCAACAUAUGAAAAAAAAAAA